ACGCAUACAUAGAUAUAGGUUAUAUUUACAUUUAUAUUAUUAUAGAAAAAUAUGAAAAACAUUAAUUAGUGUAUGUGGAGUUUUAAACUGUGUCUUGUGUUUUCCCAAAAAGUUGAUGGCAGACAGAGGAAUGUGAAAUAAUUUGAUUUUAUGUUUUAUUUUUUACCACGCAAAAUUUAAGCAUCAUUUAUUUAUUUUAGUAGAUCAUAUGCUUUUGAAAUAUAUAGCUUUUUUUAUUUAUUAUACAAUACAUUAUGGAAGGAGGCCGGUUUUCCUUGUUGUUACUGGAGCCUGGUGAAAUAUACUUUGAAGAUUUCAGUGCAAUUUUUAUUCCAGUGGAUACAACACCAAACACUUAUGAUAUUAAAAAGCAGCCUGGUCGAUUAAAAUUAUGUUCUAAAUCUCUAGUCUUUGACCCAAAAGAUAUCAGUAAACCCUUAAUAAAGAUACCUUUAAAAGACUGUGACAUUUUAGAACAGUGGAAAGGUUCAGCAAAAUUUUUACAAAGUAACAAUGUUUUAAGUGUUCACUGUAGACAGUACAUAGAAAUGCUGGAAAAGAAUAUUGUUGCUCCUUAUAAAUUUGUAGAUAGGGGCAAUUUCCUUUUUAUUUUAAACUAUGCUCAAAUAACUGACUGUUUACCAAGAAUAAGCCAACUUCAGAGAGCUAGUACACUUCCAGCUGCUGAACAUGCUGAUAUGAUUGCCACUAUUGUGCAUUCAAGACAAGCUAGAGUACGGUUUGAUCAAAUGUGGCUUGAUUUGUAUGAAACUACAGUAAUGGAAACUCAAGCUGAUAAAGUUUCUCCACUGGUGGUAAAUCCAGGGAGAAUUCUGUUGUCCAACAUUAAAUUAUAUUUUCAGCCCUACAAUAACAUUGAAACAUAUCCUGUUUUAAAAAUAAAUUUAAAUAGUAUAAAAAGAUUGGUAAAAAGGAGAUUUCUAUUAAGACAAAUAGGAUUAGAGAUUUAUUCAAAUGAAAAUGAUGUUGUUCCUCAUCUAUACCUUUCAUUUAGAACUCAAGCAGACCGAGAUAAUUUGUAUACUACACUUUUACAGCAGCCUGAGUUAAAACUCAAAGACAUCCAACAAGACAUUAUGACACUACAGUGGCAAAACGGGGUUAUUUCAAAUUAUGAAUAUCUUGUGUAUAUUAAUAGCCAAGCUGAUAGAACUGUAAAUGACCUCACCCAAUAUCCUGUGUUUCCUUGGGUAAUAAGUGAUUACCAAAGCUCAGAAUUAAAUUUGAAUAAUCCUAACUCAUUCAGAGACUUGUCGAAACCUAUAGGAGCUCUCAAUGAAACACGACUUCAGAGACUUAUGGAACGUUAUGAAGAAAUGUCUCAUCCUAAAUUUCUUUAUGGAUCUCACUAUUCAACUCCCGGCUUCGUCUUGUUCUAUCUCGUUCGCCUUUAUCCCCAUUAUAUGCUUUGUUUGCAAAAUGGAAGGUUUGACCAUCCAGACAGAAUGUUUAAUUCUGUUGCUGAUGUAUAUAGAAAUUGUCUCAAUAAUUUAUCUGAUUUCAAAGAAUUAGUUCCUGAAUUCUACGAUUUGGAGAAAGAGGGCAAAUUUUUAACAAAUGAAAUGGGGAUUCAUUUUGGUUAUCGUCAUAAUGGAAUAAAAGUGGGAGAUGUUGAACUACCUCCUUGGGCAGAUGGUCCCAAAGAUUUUGUACAUAAGUUGAGAGAUGCAUUGGAAUCUGAUUAUGUAUCAAAAACGUUGCAUCAUUGGAUUGAUCUUAUAUUUGGUUAUAAGCAAAGAGGAGAAGAAGCUGCCUCAGCAAAAAAUUUAUUUUAUCAUUUGUGUUAUGAGGGAAGUGUUGAUUUAGAAGCAAUAUUGGACUUAAAUCAAAGACACGCUCUGGAAGUCCAAAUUAUGGAAUUUGGACAAAUACCAAAACAAAUCUUCAAGGUUCCUCACCCAGAAAGGAAAAAUAGUCCACAAUUAUUAAAGCAUCCUUCGUCAGUUGGGAUAAAUAGUAAAAAAAGUGAAUAUGUGGAAUUAUGGAAUAAUUUAAAAUCGUUAGAAUUGAAGUCGUCAUUUAAAACACACAGAGACGCUGUACGCUGUGUUGUGUUUAAUGAAGACAGUGAUAAAGUAAUUUCUGUUGGGUCAGAUGCAAAAAUGAAAAUGUUUUCCAUAUCAUUAAAUAGACAAAUUAGAAGUGCAAAUGUAGGAACAAUGCCUUUAAGCAGUUGCUCUAAACUACCCAACAUGAACGUAUUAAUUAUUGGUAGCUUUGGGAAUAACAUGGUUCUUUAUGAUUUAGAUUUUGGGAAGAUAACCCAAGAUGUACUGGCUCAUGAAGAUGCGGUAACUUGUUUAGAAUGGGGUAGGGAGGCGGAACUUCUAGCGACUGGAAGCGGGGAUUGUACGAUAAGAUUAUGGAAGGGCAUUUCAAUUGGUAACAACAUAAAGCCUGCCCAGUGUCUUAUGGCUCAACUAGACCACACUUCUCAAGUCACUUGUCUCGCAUUUGAUCCAGCUAACAAAUUAUUGGUAUCGGGUACUGAAGAUGGGGACAUUUACAUUUGGAACAUCGACACUUUAUCACUCAUGGAGAAAACGACCUUUCACUCUGGUUCUGUAAGGGCCCUUCGUUGCAGUUCGGACGGUCAAAAAAUUGCCUCUUGUGGGGACGAUGGACUUUUUCAAAUAAUAGAUAUUAAUACUGGAAUGGCUCUUUUCUACAAAUCAUUUACAGAUCCCUUGAUGUGUUUGCAAUGGUCCGAUUUAUUGCUCGUUUUGGGGUCUUCAAAUGGAACAUUACAUGUUUGGAAUACAAACGACGUCGUAUGCUUAAGACAAAUAAAAGCUCAUGAAGGCACUGUUAACUGUGUUGAUAUAUCUCCUGAUCGAAAAUUAAUAGUUACUGGUGGAGAAGAUCAUCAUGUUAAAAUAUGGCAACCUCUGUGAUACUUUUUUCAAUUACGUUUUGUUAUAUUAUAUUUGUUAUUUAUAGAUUAGUAAGUGCUUUUUAGUAAAAAAAAAGUUACGCUACUUAAUUACAUAAGAAAACUAACAAAAUUAAUUUUGGAAUUGAGGUGAUCUGUAUUUCUGUAUAUGUAGUUGUUAUAUUAAUAUUUAAAAUAUCAGAUUUAUCAUAAAAUAAUAUUUAACACUUCUUAUUAUUUAUUACUGGAGUUUCAGUCUGAAGUUGUAAAAUUUAUUUGAAUUUGCUUUCUAUAGUAUUCUACAAUCAGGUUACAUUCUUAAGGCUGUGAAAAUUCUUGUUUCAUUUGAACAGUCUUUUUGUUGUUAAUUUGUUUUGUUUAUAAUAUAUAAAACUUUUUGUAACCAAUUGAAGAUCAAUAUUCUUAUCCUUAAUUUUAGUUCAAAGAAUGGUAAUUUUAAAAAUGAAAUUUAUCAAUAAAUAAUACAUUGAUUUAAAAAAA